AUGAUUUUGCAUUUCCAGGGAGGAAAACUGUUUGUAAACAAAACAGUUUUCCUCCCUGUCAGCUUAAGCACUCUGCUUUCGAUGGCUCUGCACAGCACAGCCAUGCAAAGCAGUGUGCUUACAGUGUAGCACAGACACACAGCCCACAGUAAAACACACAGUUAACCCUUUGAUCGCCCCUCAUGUUAACCCCUUCCUGCCCAGUGCCAUUAGUACAGUGUCAGUGCUUUUUUUUUAGCACUGCUCACUGUAUUGGUAUCACUGGGGAUGUCAGUGACACCAAGUCAGUUCUCCCCAGUGUCAGAAUGCCCACCGCGGUCCUGCUAUAAGUCGCUGAUUAUACCAUUACUAGUAAAAGAAAA